AUGUCUUUAAUCGCGCCAUACACAAACGAGCACCGGGAUACCAACGGCCCCGGAGAUGCGCGUCCUACCGCCUUCAAGAUUGUGCGUGACCAAUCUCUGGACGGAAAGCUCAGCGGAAAGGUGAUUCUCGUAACAGGUGGCACUUCUGGCAUCGGAUUCGAGACUGUACGAGCGCUGCAUGCUACCGGCGCGGACAUUUACUUCACUGGCCGCGACGCUAAAAAGGGUAAAGAGGCGGAAGAAGAGCUGCGGAGUGAUGGCAAAGCGGGGAAGCUUGAGUAUGUUGAAAUGGGCUUGGAUUCUCUUCGAAAUGUACGGGAGUUCGCUGCCGAUUUCCUGAAGCGGACAUCUGGCAAGCUCAAUAUUUUGAUCUGCAACGCUGGUAUCCGAGGAUAUCCCAAAGGAAAAACUGAAGAUGGGUUUGAGCUGCACUUUGGAACCAACCACUUAGGGCAUUUUGCUCUCUUCCAAGCUCUCAAGGAUGCCUUAGUCGCAUCAAGCACACCAUCAUUUCGUUCUCGUGUAGUGUGUCUAUCGGCAUCAGGCCACCGCCAGUCCGGCAUCCGGUUUGAUGACAUCAAUUUCGACCGCGGGAAUGAGUACCAACCUCUGCUUGGAUACGCACAAUCGAAGACGGCUAACAUAUACAUGGCCCUUGAGAUUGAGAGACGCUAUGGUGCCAGCGGCGUUCAUGGGCUAGCUGUUCAUCCAGGAGGCAUCAGCGGCACGAGACUCAACCGAAUGACGCCGAUAUCACAACUCAAUGCCCUAACUAGCGACCCGGUUAUCUCAAGGAGAAUGAAGAAUGCGGAACAAGGCGCCGCAACAACGGUAUGGGCAGCUAUAUCUCACGACUGGGAUAACAAGGGAGGCGUGUUUCUAGAAGAUUGCCAACAGAGCGAGCUAUGGAAUGGUGACAUGACGGCUUUGGCGCCUGGACAUGCGGCGCAUAUUCAUGAUGCUGAGAGUGCAGCGAAGUUGUGGGAUAUAAGCCUGGAAAUGAUCGGAUCAGAUACCUCUAGAUGA